GGCUCUGGGACCCGCUGCGUACGGCCCCGAUGAUGCCUCGAAGAAGCAAGUGGAGGCCUGGCUGAGCAAGGUCAAGAACGGAGACAAGACCAUUACUGACUCCAAGGUGAGUUCUGUCUCGCGGGUGUCGAUCUUGGCGAUCAGACGUGGGAGCAGCGCGGACCGCUGCAAUGGAGGAUUGCUCAGUCACACAGCGGGGGGCUGACCAUGGCUUGGUCCCAACCUGGAAAUUCCAGCGUCGAGGUCUUCACCGUGUCCUAUCAAGGCCUUGUUCGCGAUCGCUGUCCUGGUACCACCUCCCCCUACUUUUGGCACCUGCUCUGACUCCGUCCUUCUCUCCUUGCCCUCGCCGCCAUUUCCAUCUGCGCUCCCGACGAACGAUGCGAUCCCACCAGGCACUCGACUCGCAGCUGACCUCGCUGACCUUCCUGGUCGCCAACACCCUGACGCUGGCCGAUCUGGCGCUGUUCUCGUCGCAGCACAAGGUCGUCGCCUCGCUGCCGGCCUCGUCGCAGCAUGCCGUCCCUUCGCUUGUCCGCUAUGUCUCCCACAUCUCGCACCUCGCCGCAACCGAUGCCCGCACUGGCCCUUCGACGGUCGCCGCAGGCUACACGGCCUUUGACCCCGUCUUUGAGGGACAGCCGCCCAUCGAGAGAAAGGACCUCGCGGCAGAAAAGAAGCAGAAGCAGCAGGCAAAAGUCGACAAGGCAAAGGGCGCAGCAGACGAGGCAAAGGCGCAGGGAAAACCACAGGUUGCUGCCGUUGCCGGCGCUGCAGCUGCCUCUUCUGCCCAGGGCGCAGCAGCAGCAGAGAGCGGCGAGAAGCAAGGCAAGAAGAAGGAGAAGAAGGCAAAGGAGGGAGGAGGCGGCGGCGGAGGAGGAGGAGGAGCGGGCGAGGGCGGCAGCGGCGGUGGCAAGAAGAACAAGAACGAGCCGGCGGCGCCCACGGUGCCGCUCCCUUCGAUGGUGGACCUCCGUGUGGGCAAGAUCCUCGACAUCAAGAAGCACCCAGACGCAGACAGCCUCUACCUCGAGACGGUCGACUUUGGCGAGGCAGAAGGCCCCCGGACGGUACUCUCGGGCCUGGUCAACUUUGUGCCCAUCGAAAAGAUGCAGGACAGGUUCGUCGUCGGCAUCUGCAACCUGAAGCCACAAGCCAUGAGGGGGAUCAAGAGCCACGCGAUGCUGCUCUGCGCCACCCACAAGGACGGCAAGGAGCACGGCGUCGAGCCCGUCGCGCCGCCAGAGGGCAGCGUCCCCGGCGAGCGCAUCUACAUCGAGGGCUACGAAGGCAUGGAGCCCGAGGCUGUCCUCAACCCCAAGAAAAAGAUCUUCGAGGCCAUCCAACCAAACUAUGCCACGACGGCCUCGUUUGAGGCCGCAUGGGUGGGCCCGCUGCCAAACGACCUCGAGGGCGAGAAAAAGAUGCGGCUGAUCAGGACCGCAAAGGGUGUCUGCACUGCUCCUGGCUACGCAGAAGCGACCUUGUCUUGAAGACUGCUUCUUUGAUAGAAAUGGCAAUGCUAGAAGUACAGUACAUGCUGCAGAACAAGACGUUCACAUCAAACACUAUCGCUCUCUUCUCUGUCCUCGUCGACUCCUCCUUUGUCCUUAUCUCCCCGCCGCACGGCAGCCUUUGGCGGCCCAGACGAAAGGCCUCGCUCGACCGCAUCUGCUCCGGCACUCUCGUUCCACUUUUGCAGACGCCAGAGCGAAGCAACGAGAUCCGUAGUCCAAGGGUGCCUACGAACGACGUGCACCCUUUCACCCCUCUUGCUGUUCUCUUCUGCUUCCUUGUUCUUCUGAAUGCCCUCCUCUAGCCCCUCUGCCUUUCUAUUCUUGCACUUGCUUGAA